AUGCCAUCAUUAUCAUCUUCUCACAACAAUGCAAACCCAACAAUUCAAAAACAUGAAAGUGGUACAGUACAUAAAAACAAUGUUGAAAGGUUUCUCAGUGAUGUAUAUAAGAAAGGACGACAAGAUAAGAAGGAUGCUGAAAGUGUACGACGUGAAUUACAAAGGAUCGAAAAGGCAGCUUUAAAGUCAAUGGGUGAAACUCAAUCUUCCUCUACAACAACAACAACAACAACAGCAACAAUAACAACAAAAGCUCCUGCUCCACGACCACCAUCUACUUCAGUACCAUAUUAUAAACAAAGUUCACAUAUGCCACCACCACCUACAUUGGAAUCACUUGCUUUUAAAACACCAGGAUUACAAGGAAGAGAGGAAUGGGCUUUACCAAAGGAAACAGCUAUGAUCGGACAAUGGCAAACAGUAUCCACACAUCAAGAGAACCAUUAUGAACGAUAUAUAGGAAAGAAAAGGACAACCACUGAACAAGAAACGACAACUCAUGAUCAAGCUCCUGAAUUCCAAGAUGAUGAUGAUGAACCACAAGAAGAUCUGAAUGAAUUCAAAAUCAAAGAAAAGGAAUACCCUGUGGAUGAUGAAGAUACAUUGAAUCAAUCUACAACAAUAGAAGGAUCAUCUUUAUUCAAGAAAAGGAAAUUGACUGGUCAGAAUUCAACCAGCAAGAAACGCAAUAUUCGGAAAAAGGAUUAGUAUAAUAGAUAUAUAGAAUUUUUAGAUAGUCGAUUCAUUCAAUAAAAAAAAAA